UAUUCUUUUUUUUUACCAGGUUAUCCACCACAACACGGUUAUCCACCACAACAAGGCUAUCCACCACAACAAGGCUAUCCACCACAACAAGGUUACCCACCACAACAAGGCUAUCCACCACAACACGGUUACCCACCACAACAAUAUGCAGUCCCACCACCAGUACCAUUUAAACCAACUACAGGCCCAAUGCCUCUUCCAGCCGGUGCAUCAUUUGUUAGUGCACCAAUUGCUCAUCUUCAAAUUAGAGUUAUCUCUGGAAGAAAUUUAAUUGCAGCUGAUGUAGGUGGAACAAGUGAUCCUUUUGUAAAAAUCAGAUCCCCAUCAGGUGCUUCAAAAGAAGUUAAAACUAAAGUUCAAAAUAAAACUCUUAACCCAGUAUGGAAUGAAACAUUUGUCAUUACAUUAGGUAACGCAGUUCAUGAUUUAGUUUUAGUCGAAGUCUAUGAUCACGAUAAAAUUGGUUCAAACGAUUGUAUUGGUUUUGUAGCUAUCGAUCCAAGUAAACUUCCAUUUGGUCAAGAGGUUUUAACUGAUGAAAAUUUAAGCUGGGUUCCACAUGGUGAGGUUAAACUUGCAAUCACAGCACAAAACUUUGGUAUUCAAUAUCAUCCACCACAAUAUUUAAAUGAUUACAGUAUCUAUAGAAAUAGUCUCCCAGGUAUGUCAAAGAAAGGUCUUGAAAAAAGUAAAAAGAAAGAAAAGAAGAGUGGUCACAAAGCUGCAAAAGGUACUAAAGCAUCAGGUCCAUACACUGGCAAAGCUUGUCCACCAGGCUAUUCAAUCAAAAAUGGUUGGGUCAAAAAAGAUAAAUCUGCUGCUUCCCAAGCCGGUAAAGAAAUUGGUAAAGGUUUAAAGAAAUUAGGUAAACUUUUAUAAUUUAACCUUAAAAUUAUAUUUAAAUUAUUUAUAAAAUUUGUUGUAAAAAAUAAAAUUAAUAAAAUUUAUUGUAAAAAUAU